GUCGGAACCUCAACGCAUGUUCUGGAAUCGCGUCACCCCAAUCUCAACUCUGCAUUCCCAAACAUAUAAUUGAUUCUGUUUUUGUACCGACCCUCAUUACGUGGAACUCCCUAAUAGCCAGGUAUCAGAGUAUUGCCAGCCUGUCUGAGGGGAAUAGCGACCCACCACUGUUACACAACCCGGAUCCGCACGCAUCAGUGCAGCGGGACAUCCACCUCCACACCUUCCAACUACUCACUUGACGCCUAUCCUAUCUGCGAUUCCGCCGACCAGCUACACGACCUCGAACGGCCGAGAUGGGCAAGUCAUCAUCGAAAGCCACCAAGGUGCUCCCUCUCAUCCCCCUGGCCCCACCCCUCGCCGUCCUCCCAGGCACGACCCUCAAGAUCCCCAUCACAAACCGCCCCGACGUCGCCGCUAUCCUCGCAAAGAUAUACUCCAUAAGCGCCACGGCGAAGCCCGAUGCCGCCAUCACGGUAGCCUGCGUGCCUCUGUGCUCGAACCAGCUCGGACGAGAUGGGAAGCUGUUGAUUGAAGAGGGUGCGGGGAAGAAGGGUGGCAAGGCGAAGACGGUGUUCGAAGUGGAUCCCGUGAAUGCGACGAAGAAGGAUAUAUUUGCGUAUGGCUGCGUGGCAAAGGUCAGUGGGGUGACGGGGCGGAGACAGGGGGAGGUGAGUCUCAUUGUUGAGGGCCUGGAGCGGGUGCAGGUGGUCGAUGUACUGCAGGAAAGGCCGUAUUUUGAGGGAGAGUUGAAGAGCGUGGAUGAACACAUCGACGUUGGCAAUCCAGAAUUCGCUGAGCAGUUCAACCUCCUCAAACAGCUCUCUCGGGAGCUUCUCGCGCUUGUACGCCUUUCCUCGAUGGUUCCCCGUGCACAGAUGGUUUCGCUGUCGCCGAUCGUCGCUCGCCGCCUCGAACUAUAUAUCGCCCGCAAGGAGCUUUCGGAAGCUGGAACAUUAGCAGAUUUCAUGGCGAAUGUCGUGGAUUGCACACACGUAGAGAAGCUGCGUGUUCUGGCGUCAUUCGACGCCAAAGACAGAGUUGACAGGGUGGUUGAGAUAUUGAAGCGACAGAUCAACAGUGUAUACGAAAGCACGCGCAUAUCUGUGACGAGCAACUCUGUACCUUCAGACAGUAUGAGAGACCGAGUCGGCGAGCUCAUCAGGCGCCAGCAGGAGCAGUUCAGGAAGGGGGCUAUCGUAGGCGGCAACAGUAUGUCCCCCUUUGGAGCUCCCCCUGGCCAGAAUGCGCAAGGGGAGGACGAGACGAACGAGUUGGAGGAACUCAAGAGGAAGCUGCAGGAUGCCAAACUGCCUCCUGAUGCCGAGAAGGUGGCACAGAGAGACUUGCAGAGGUUGCAGAAGAUGAACCCCGCUCAGGCAGAGUAUAGCGUCAUCCGCAACUACCUUGAGACUCUGGCUGAGAUCCCCUGGGCGAAGUCUACAGUUGACCUGCUUGAUGGCAAGACGUUGACGCGUGCCAAGAAGCAGCUCGAUGAUGAUCAUUAUGGGCUGGACAAGAUUAAGAAGAGGCUCUUGGAGUAUCUGGCGGUACUGAAACUAAAGGAGCAAGCCAAUAAGGAUAUCGACGAACAGAUCAAGGCUCUGACGAAGUCCACCACGCCCACAGAAGAAAAGGAAGAGAAGGAGCAAGCUUCUCAGGAUGAUAAACAGGUUAUCGUACGGGAACCCAGCGAGGCCGAGCUACGGCUGCUCGAGAAGAAGCGUAUGGUCGACAAGUCGCCCAUCCUUCUCCUUGUUGGGCCUCCCGGAACAGGCAAGACUUCGCUUGCAAAGUCCAUUGCGACAGCGCUUGGGCGCAAGUUCCAUCGCAUUUCACUUGGCGGUGUUCGGGAUGAGGCUGAGAUACGGGGCCACCGUCGGACAUAUGUCGCCGCGAUGCCGGGACUCAUUGUCAAUGGUCUCAAGAAGGUGGGCGUCAACAACCCAGUCUUUCUACUCGAUGAGAUUGACAAGCUCGGCAUGGCCAAUUACAAUGGUGACCCGAGCGCCGCCAUGCUGGAGGUCUUGGACCCGGAACAGAACCACACGUUCACGGAUCAUUAUCUUAAUGUUCCCGUUGACCUGUCCAAGGUACUCUUCAUUGCCACAGCCAAUUCGCUCGAUACCAUUCCGCCACCGCUCCUGGAUCGUAUGGAGACUAUCCAGCUCUCCGGCUACACGACGCUCGAGAAGCGCCACAUAGCAUCCCGACACCUCAUUCCCAAGCAAAUCACCACCAACGGUUUGCAUCCGGAGAACAUUAGCAUCCCCACCGAAGUGCUCGACAAGAUUAUCACUUCAUACACGCGCGAAUCUGGUGUACGCAAUCUAGAGCGCGAAAUCGGAUCGGUCUGCCGGUUCAAAGCUGUCGAGUACGCGACAGCAAAGGACAACUCGACUCUGUCGCAAUACAACCCUACCGUCACGCUGAGCGAUCUAGACGCCAUCCUCGGCAUAGAGAAAUUCACCGAGGAGCUCACUGAGCAGCACUCCAAGCCGGGCGUCGUCACAGGUCUGGUCGCCUACUCCACCGGCGGCCAAGGCUCCAUCCUCUUCAUCGAGAUUGCAGACAUGCCCGGCACCGGCCGAGUACAGCUGACCGGCAAACUCGGCGACGUGCUCAAGGAGAGCGUCGAAGUCGCGCUGACGUGGGUAAAGGCGCACGCGUUCGAGCUCGGCUUGACGGCCUCGGAAGACGAAGACAUGAUGAAGAACCGCAGCAUCCACGUCCACUGCCCCUCGGGCGCCAUCCCCAAGGACGGCCCUUCGGCGGGCCUCGCGCAUACCAUCGCCCUCGUGUCGCUCUUCUCGGGCAAGCCUGUUCCGCCUACGCUCGCCAUGACGGGCGAGGUCAGUCUCAGGGGCCGAGUGCUGCCCGUCGGGGGGAUCAAGGAGAAACUGAUUGGCGCUCUCCGAGCUGGCGUCGACCGCGUGUUGCUUCCUGACGGGAACAAGAAGGAUGUCAGGGAUUUGCCCGAGGAGGUGCUGGCGGGUUUGCGUAUCGAGUUUGUGAGUAGUAUUUGGGAGGGGUUGGCCAAGGUGUGGCCGGAGAGGUGGGAGGGGCAUGGGUUGCAUGUUGAGAGUCGGUUGUAGAGGCACUCUUUUUGACUGAAUCAAGGUUGUUUAGCUGGCAUGUAUGAGUGAGAUUGGGAUGUUUGCAUUGCGGUGGUGUUUGAGCGCGGGUAUUUUUGGGGGUAGAGCGACGCGGUUAUGGCUGCAUUUUCUUAUCUGUUGUGGGUUUGCUUAUGUUUGUGAAUAUCGCAUUGUUUUCAGUUUUGGUCGAGUCGGUUGGGUAUGUAGUCCAUUCUAGGUGUAUUCACGUC